AUGCUCAGGAUUCAAAAUCGCAUUAAACAUGAUAAUGCUGAAUUGCUGGCUAUCAUUGAUAGAUGUUCAUGUAUGAUAUGAUUUUAAUUUAGAAAUAAUGAAAGAUGACAGGUUAACUCUUAGACAAAUGAUAAAAGACAGUAAUUCAGAAAUAAUUUCAUUAGUUACAACUUAUAAGAAGAAGAAUGGUAUAAAUAUACAAUUAAUAUUUUAGAUUUAAGAUUGUUAUAAUAAGAAUUAAGGAAAUUGUUGAAUAAAGUUAAAGGCAAAUAAUAAUAGUAAUAAUAACAAUAAUAAUAAUAAUAAUAAUAAUAAACUUAGAUUUAAUUUAAUACUAGAAUAUCAAAAGAAAAUUAAGUAAAUAUUUCUCAAUCUAAAACCUCACGAACUCCUUCUAGAUAAACUACAAGUAUUUAAAAAAAUAGAAAUUUUGUAAGUCCACCUAAAAGAUCUUUAAGCAGAUAAACUAAAUAGUCAAUAAUUCCAAAAUAAGAAAAUUCUCCAAGAUUCAAUGAAGAUAUUAAAUAAAAUAGUCCUAAUUCUCCAGAAUUUUAAUUGUAAAUUUAUUAGAAUUAAUUAUUAAGUGUUUCUCCAGAUAAAAUUGAAUAAUAAAGAUAAUAGUUGGAAUAAUUUGAACAAAAAUUGAAGUAAUAUACUUAAGGAGAGAACUUCUAAAAAUUAUUUGAUUAAUAAGAAUAUACAAAAAAGAGAGAUGAUAUUGUACUAGCUAGUUUUUAAAAUGUAUAUUAAUUAUUGUUAAUUACAGUUUACAAAAGAUUAAGCUUGGGUUUUUGUAGAACCUGAUAAAGAUUAAAAUAAAGAUAAAGAAGAUGAUUUAUAAUAAUAGAAUCUUCAUAGAAGGUAGUAUUCUUACAUGUCAAUGCCCAAAGAUAUUGGAAUUCAUUAACAUCAUAAUACUGAAAUAAUAGAAAUUAAAUUGUCAACCUAAUCUAAAAAAGAAUCAAAACAUCCCUUAUAAAAUUCAUAUCAAGAAAUUGGAACUGAUCUUUAAGGGUCUCAAAAUUUUUAAGGUAGUGGUUUUGGAUAAUAAAAUUAAGACAUAUUAAAUUGUAAAUAAGAAAAACAAUAAACAUAAAAUUAAUAAGAAAUAAAAUAAAAAUAUGAAUAAUAAAAUGAUAAUAUUUAUUAAUCUAAAAUAUUAACAAAAUAUGAAGAAAAUGAAUAUGUUUAAUUUUAAAACACUUAAAAUAAUGAAAGAUAAUAACCAUAAUAAUAUAUUGAUACUAAUGAUGAGGAUUAAUAUAAACCUGUGAUUACUGAAGAUGAUAUAAUGAAAAAAUAUGCAGAUCUGUUUACUGCACCUGACUUUUUAAAAUAAUGUAUGGCUACUUGUUAAACUCAGAAAACACUUGAAUCAUUUGCUGAUAGUAGAAGUCUUAAUUUUAUUGUUCCAUGUCAAAGUAUGGUGUGUCAGGAUGUUGAAACAACUAAAAAAGGGAAAUAUUCAUUAUUAUCUCAAUUAACUGCUGAAUAGAUAUUUGAUGAGAUAUUUCCUGAAUCAUCUUUAUAAAAGAUAAGCAAAGCAUUUUUUAGAUUUAAAAUGGAGGUUGUAUUUUAAUAAUUGUAACAUGAUCCUUCUUAAGAGGAAUUAGAUGAAAUGUUCUAUUAGGUUGAUAUACUAAAAGAUGGAUUUAUAGAUGUUAAUGAAAUGGGAUAAUUUUUAGAUAGUGUUUGUCCUAAAUAAGAUAGAUAAAUUUAUAAUAAAAUUGAUAAAAGUAAUAAAGGAUAUUUUGAUGAAUAAGAAUUAUGUUAGUAGUCUAAUAAAAAUAUUGCUAGAUAAUACUUUUAAGAAUUGGAUUUAUUAAAUACAAAUAAAAUAACAUAUUGGGAAUAUUAUUUAAAGUAAUUAUAUAUUAAUAAUGUAGACGUACUACAAAUAUUGGUCAAUAGGUUAUUAAUAUGAUAUAAAAAAGUUAAGAUUGA